AUGCACGACAUGACUUUGCCGGUGUGGUGGCAGACAUACAUGCCUGGUGGCCAAAGGUGCGAACUGGAGGGAUCUUUGCCGGUUGGCCAUGACUUCGUGGACGGAGAGUUUCCAGAAGGCGAUUUCUUCUGGCUUGCGGCCUUGCAAGCGGUCUUGCCUGGCGUCGAUGGUUCGACUUUCAUCGUGCGCGAGGUCAACCGCUACCCUUCCUUCUUCAUCCUGAAGUCAGAAGCCAUCAGCGGCUUGCAACCCUUGCAAGUUCCCACCGAGAGCAAAGUGCUUGAGCUCUAUGCCAACAGGAGCAAGUACUUCAAGCUGUGGAUGGAGCACAAGUCAAAGAGUCCGAACUCAAAGAAGUUUGAAGCUGCUUGCAAUGCUGCAUGCAGUCGGGAUUGCUCCGAGCGGGUGGCGCAGUUCACUCCCACGAGAACCUCAGCUUCCACUCUACGACCCUUCGCUUGUGGACAGGGGCAGGAUACGUGUGCAGCUGAAGUGGCGGUGGAUGUCACUGCGUACAAGCAAGUGUGUCUGGAGCGAUGCGCGGUCACGUGCCAGCAAAGACUGGAGCUCUUCGCAGCUCACGGAGAUCAAAUCCAAGCUGCUGCCAGUGUUCCUGGCCUCAAGGCUGAGGACGCUGUGACAGCAGCUUUAGCUGGCAUUCCUCAUUCAGUGGUGAGCCGGGAUGAGAGCCAGAGGGUGGUAGAGGCCUACGUUUCUGCCACGUGGGGCGAGGAAAAGAGCCUGUCUGACGAAGACAACGUCGCCUUCGAUGGGGUGAUGAUUUCGACAUCGCCCCAACAUGCGAGCAUACAGUAUUGCUUAGGUGUCCUGUGGGGAUACGCGGUCAGAGGCCUGGUUAAACGGCUGGCCCUUGAUCGCACCUUGGGCACUGUCCCGGAGGCGCUGGCGACACAGAAGCAGCAGCUGGAGCGCGCUUUGGCCAUCGGGGAUCCGGAUCCCAGCCCCACCGACAGCUCUCCACCAGGCAGGUCGACCUUCCUUCAGUACGCCAGCGACUUCUUCUCGCACAGCGACUGGGCAGCUCUGUGCCAGCCUGUGAGUGGUGCCGUGCACGUGAUCGAGGCGGAGCUCCAGGAGGCCAUGCACGCCAUGGCCAUCCUCGCAAGCCUGGAGUCGCAAGACUUUGACGAAGACUUCGAGGUCGUCUCGGGGUCCAACGAGGACUUUGAGAAUGAUUUUCGAAUCGAUGCAGUGUUGCUGGAUCAGGCAGAGUGGAAGGGCUUCCAACACAGGGCGAUCGUCUAUGGCUGCCUACUAGCAGAUGCAGAGGGCAUCUUGGACACUCACGUUGGGCCGCUGCCGCGAAGUCGACGCUCUUGGGUCAAGACCCUCGUCCAGACCAACGCCCUAUCCGAUGUGCGACCAGAUCAAAGUCGACGGGUCGCUGCUGGCAUCUUGGCGCCGAUCCAACGUGUCGCCAAAGUCCUUCGUGAGCGAGUGCUUACCACGAAGCUCAGGGAAGCGCGCCGGAGCCUCACCGAACUCUUGGAAGCCAGUGCGGCCUCAGCCGCGGCAGCCUCCAUAGCCGCCGCCGCUGCUGAUCAGGAACCCAAUAAAGAAGAAGCCGACCCCGAGCUCGAUCACUCUUGA